AGUCUCUCUCCGUCCCUGGAUUCCCAUCCCUAUAUCGAGCUUUGCUCUCCUGCUUCUUUCUCCCCCUUGCCUGCUUCUUGUUCUCUACUCUGGUGUUUUAGCUUCCCUUCUCUUUCCCUCCGAAACCCUAAUUCCGAGGGCAAUCGGUUCGAUUCCUUAGUUGCUCUUCUCAUCGGUCGCACGAGGAGGAGGAGAAGGGGGAGCGAGGGGGCGGCUCCGGAGGCAUGGAUAGAUACCAGAGGGUGGAGAAGCCGAGGCCGGAAUCGGCCAUAAGCGAGAACGAGAUCCGAAUCACCACUCAGGGACUCAUUCGGAACUAUGUUAGCUAUGCGGGCAGCCUCCUUGAGGAAAAACGGGUAAGAGAAAUUGUUCUAAAGGCAAUGGGACAGGCUAUCAGCAAGACUGUGGCCAUAGCAGAGAUUAUAAAGAAAAGGAUACAUGGGUUACAUCAAGAUACUACCAUCAGUUCAACCAGCAUUACUGAUGUGUGGGAACCUAUUGAGGAGGGCCUUGUUCCUUUGGAGAUGACUCGCCAUGUCUCAAUGAUUUCGAUAACUCUGUCAACCAGAGAGUUGAACAGGAACUCUCCCGGGUAUCAAGCUCCAUUACAUGUAGAGCAGCCAAGGCAACAGCAAAAGACGCAGCAGCUACAGCAGUAUCGACAGCAGCAACCGAGACAAGUGCAAAAUCAAAUUGCUGAAGAAGCAUACGGCCGAGGGCGUGGUCGAGGUAGAGGAAGAGGAAGGGUUUGGGGAAGAGGCGGAUAUGGUGGUUAUGGUGGAUAUGGUGGAUAUGACAACAACCAAGAAAAUGGAUGGAACUGGAAUUGGGGUCGAGGUGGAGGUCGAGGUAGAGGAGGUUGGGGUUAUCGUGGUGCUGGAUAUGAAAGAGGCAGAGGGGGUGGAAGAGGCUAUGGCCGUGGGCGGGGAAGGAUGGGUGUCCGAGGCAGGGGCAACCAGGCUGAGUGGUAGUUGGAGGUUUUGAUGUUUUAAGGCAUGUUUGGUUUUUUAUGUCAGGGAAAAAGUAGUUAUAUCACCCUUGGUUUGGGCCAUCAAAUGUGAGAUGUGGUGGGUGUCUCGCUUGGGUUAUUGACAAGCUAAGUGAUUUUGCUGUUUCUCUAUAUGUUGGAUCCUUAGCAGUCCUUGUGCAUCUGCCCGUUUCCCCUGGCUGCUAGAUGUCUCCCUUCCUCUCAUCUUGCAAUGCCCCCAAUGUAUCUUCAAAUCCUUCUUUCUUUUUUUCAGCACCUUUUCAUUAACCUGCAAUCUUGUUUGUAUUUGGUAACAUAUCUGGUUGUUCCUAAAUUUUUCUCCUUAUAAAUAAUCAUGGUUUUUCUCUUAUUA